CCAACCUGCCCGAGCGACCGCCUGUUAAUAGCGACCGACAGUCAAUAACGACCACACCGAUUUCCUCCCGAACGAUUUCACUAUAUAUUGAACCUGCGAAUAAAGCCCACCUGUGAACAAAGACCAACGACCACCCUUUUACAUUCCCAAACUCCAUUUUGAUAGCUUACAACGACCACUGCAAUCAUAAAAAUCGCAACUUUCAAAAAACAAAAUGGCCGCCAGGACGCUGCGUAGUCACAUGAUACACAUCUUACCAGUGGACUCGUCGGUCGCUAUGGAGAUAUUGGCAAGUGACAGUUAAUUGCACUCGAUAGCAGUUGUUUGUUUAUUUAACAUGCAUUGCUAAUUGGUAGUCGCCUGCUUCUUUUAUGCAUUUGACAGUUUGUCAAAAGUGUAAAAAUUUGCCUUUGUAUUUAAGUGACUCGCGAUUAAUGUACUAAUUGCCGAAAAUAUCAAAGACAAAUUUGGCUUUCAUAAACUCAUUAAGGAAAUUAACGGUUUCAUAUCAUUUACGAUGCCUAUUAAAGACAAACAUUUUGAUAGUCAUUCUCUUCUUAAAUUUCUCCGUAAUAAGACGUUCAUAGAUUAUAGAAAAGUAAAUUGUCAGUUCAAGUUAACCGUUAUGGCUUCCAAGCGUAAGUUCUUGACUUUGGAAGAACGCGUUAAGGUCAUUAGUUUGUUAGGUGAAGGACACAGUUGUAGACGAGUGGCUAGUGAUCUUGGUGUAGGAAAAACUCAAAUUCAGAGCAUUUUAAAGCGUAAACGUGAGAUUAUGGACGAAUUCGAGGAGAACGUAAACUGUGAAAGUAAACGCCCUAAGCGUGAGUCGGAAUUCGCGUCAGUGAAUGACUUAGUGCAUAAGUGGUUUGUUGACGCAAGUGCAAGGCUGUUGCCUGUGUCUGGACCUAUGAUCCAGGAGAAAGCCUUGAAGUUUGCGUGUGAGUUAGGAUAUUUGGACUUUAAGGCUAGCAAUGGCUGGCUCGCGUCUUUUGUAAAAAGAAACAGCAUUGUAUUUAAGAUUCAGAGUGGUGAGCGGGGUGAAGUCAAGAGUGAUAUUGUAAGAGACUGGAAGGAGAGGCUACCCACUGUGUGUGCCGGGUACGAACCCAAGGACAUCUUCAAUAUGGAUGAGAGCGGUCUAUUCUUUAGGGAUUCGACCCGGUCGACCUACUUCACCAAGGGUGAAUCGUGCGCCGGCGGCAAGCGAUCAAAGCUUCGCAUCACAAUUGCACUCUGUGCAUCCAUGACAGGCGAGAAGCUGAAGCCGCUCGUUAUUGGAAAGUCACGGAAGCCGCGCUGCUUUGGAUCCAUAGACGUACGGAAGCUGCCGGUCCGUUAUGAGGCAAAUCGAAAAGCUUGGAUGAUCACCCCUCUGAUGGAGGAUUGGCUCAGGGACCUUGAUCGCCAGAUGGGGAAGCAGAAGCGAAACAUCCUGUUGCUGCUCGACAACGCCCCAGUCCACCCCAACAUCAAACUGAAAAACGUGAACUUACAGUUCCUUCCGCCGAACACGACGUCUUUGGUACAGCCAAUGGAUGCGGGAAUAAUUCAGGCGGUGAAACUUAAGUUCCGGAAGCGGCAGCUUAAGUACGUCCUGGAAGAGAUGGACCGUCAUCCCACCAAGCUUGGUCCCGAAAUACUGCACGACAUCUCGAUCCUCGACGCCAUCUAUUGGAUCUCGGCUGCUUGGCGGGAACUCUCAACAGAGACGAUUUCAAAGUGCUUCGGGAAGUGUGGCCUCAUACCUGACUUCCUAACAACGGGCGACCAUGCGACCGUCGUGAGUGACACUGAUUUUGAACCUGAGGACGAUCUUCCCCUGUCCAUGCUUCGUGUCUCCAAGGAGCUCUUCAGUUGUGAUAUCACUGAACUCGACAAGAUUGACAACAAUCUGCCGACUUGUGAUAACAACAUGGAUUUCUGGGAGCGACCGGCACCCCAGAUCCUCGCCGAUCUCAAUGGAAACACCGCCGCCGAUGCCGCCGCUGAGCAUGACGAGGAAGACGAUGGAACAGAAGCUCCCAAGUGUGUUAGUGUAAGUGAAGCAGCUGAGUGCCUUCAGAAGCUGCGCUCGUUUGCAGUUCUUAAAAAUGACUGCUUGCUGAACUCAAUCAUGGAAGCACAGGAUGUGUUUAUCAAAUAUAGGAUGGACUCUAGUGUCAAGCAGAGUAAAAUAAGUGAUUUUUUUAAGUGA